ACUUGCACAAGACAUCUGGCCUCGCUCAUCGAUUGCCUAAACUUAUUAAUGCUUUAUGCUUCUUAUACAGUUUUCAAAUAUGGAAUUGAAGCACAUUAUCGUGACACAGACAUAGUUGAACUUACUCAAGAAUUAUCUUUAGACUUUAGAAAUAUGGCUAAAAAUUAG